UGUUAAUGUGCCGAGGGAAGGCAGUGCAGGAUUUCAAAGGCCCAGAUUGUCGCUUUGUAAAUUUUAAGAAGGGAGAAGCUGUGUACGUAUAUUACAAACUAAUAGGAAAAUCAACCGAGCUUUGGGCUGGAAGUGUUGGAAGUGAUUUUGGAUAUUUUCCAAAGGAUUUACUUGAAAUAAAUCAUAAUUAUUCCAAUGAGGAGCUAGAAUUACCAACAGAUGAAACGGACUUUGUUUGCUUUGAUGGCGGAAGGGAUGAUUUUGAUAAUUAUAAUGUGGAUGAGCUUUUGAAGUCAUUGCAAGAGACGAUAGCAAAUGAAGGGGAAGCUGAAUCAAGUGAUCCAGGAACAAAACCAGCUGAAGGAACUGAAAGGGCUGAGGAGACUGAACAGGUUCCUACAGUAAAAUCCCUUGAUGCUUUGGAGACAGGCAAUCUUGAGCUAAGCACAGAAGAAGAUGAGGAAGCCCUCGCCAUCACAGAGGAAGCAGACAGUUCUCUUACAGAAGGAACUGAAAACACUGGGGAAGACUCCAGUGUCAAUAGUCACAAAGAAAACACUCAGGGAGAUCAAAUUGCACAUGAGCACUUGAAAGGAAUGCUACAUGGGAAACUAAAAGGGCUAGAAAGUGAAAAUACCAAAAACGCUAGUAUUCCUCAGGGUGAAACCAGUCAACUUGACCAAGAGAAUGAAGAAGUCAAUGCCUAUACGCUUUUAAACAGAGAGCUCUCUGUGAACUUGAAAACAAAAUUUGGCUCAACUGCUGAUGCUGUUGUGUCAGAUGAUGAAGUGACUCGCCUUGUUACAUCGCUGGAAGAUGAUUUUAAUGAAGAUUUGAGUGUUGAUGCUCAUGAUGCAGAGGAGGAACCAGACUUUGCAGAUCAGUCUGAAGAAAUCCCGUUGCUGUCUUUUAUGACAGAGGAAGAAAUUACAUCCCCAGCGGAUCUAGAAGAUGAUGCAAAUGAUGACUUUGAGUCACAAAAUCAUGAACCUGAUGAAGAUGCAAAGGGUGCUACAGAGCUAAAUAACCAAAGAGACAGUGAGGAAGAACCCGAUUCAGAUCCAUUUAUUCUUAAUGAUGCCUUCAGUCAGAGCAAGAAGUUGAGUGACAGUGUAAAUGUGGAUGGGUCCGAAUCUAAACAAACAAAAGAGAAGCAGGAUGAGGUGAUGCUGGUUAGUAAAAGAGAAGCACCAGCAACAGCUCAACCUGAGGGUCUCUCCAAAGAACUCCUUAGAAAGGAACUUGUAGGUACAGGUGAUCUGGGUUCAAAAGAAAAAGCAAACCAAACUGAACAGUUUGAAGAGCAGCUCAUGGUUGAUGGAACUGAGUCUCGUACUGAAGAGCUGAAGAGUACAGCUGUGCCUGAUCCUCAUGUUUUGCCUAGUCCAGGAGAUGAUCUGGAGUCCAAAUCAUUUGUUAAAAGCAAGCAAGAUGCUUUAAAACCAUCUGUUGGUGAUAUCAACAAAAGUUCAGAAAGAGUGCCAUUUGCUCAAAUAGAGAAAGAUGAGAAAAAGUUUGAGGAUGACACCUUGGAAGAGGAGGUCCUGAAAAGUGACUUAAAGCACAAAAAGUUAUGGGAAGAAACAAAGGAGAAAGGAAGAGCUGAGAACAAGCCUUCUGUUGAUGUUCCAGCCAAACCAGUGGAAGAGGUAAAAAAUGCAUCUGAAAGUGACUUAGGAGAUACUGACUUCUUGAAAGAGAAACUGGAGCAUGGAGUGCCCACUCUGGAGAAAGAACUUCUAAGACAUGAAGAAGAUUUGGAACAAACAGGGGAGACGGAUCCUGAAAAUCAAAAAACCACCUCUCUUAACAAAGAACCUGAAAUAAAAAGGGGAACCAUGAAAGACGCCCCUGCAAGGGAGGAAGACCCAAGCCAUAGAGGAGCUGUCAAGCAACCUAGGCCAUGGGAAAAUAAGACUGACUAUUUGGAGGCAGAUGUGAAAGAAGAGUUUUCAAGAAAUCUUGGUAAGAUGACAGUAUUUGAAGAAAGCAUCAAGAAAAGUUCCCCUGAAGAAAAAUCAAAAAGCACUACACAGAAUACUGAUACAGAGAAUCUUACUCAGCAAAGAACUGCUCGUACUGAGGAUGCAGAUUCAGACAGAGAUCUUGGCACAAAUUUAGCUAAAGAAAGAACACUGAGACCGGAAUUGCAAUCUGAAGAGCCAGAUGCUGAAGACGACCCCGGCCUGAAACAAGUAGAGGAAGAGCUACUGGAAGACGAGAAUGCUGCAAGUGCAAAGCUGUCGCAAGGAAGGGCUGCAAAUGUACAGGGUGAUACACCAAAUACUAAAAGUACAAGCCCUGAAUUAGAAGUACUAGGUGAAGCUGUUUCAGGAUCCGCAAGCCCUACUUAUGAAACGGGAGAGGAAACAAACACAUUUCCUAAGGAGGCUGAGAAAAAGUUUGGCAUGCAAGGUGCUGGCGAGACUGGGAACAAAGAGGUUGACAUACCAGUGACUGGAGAUGCUAAAUUGGAUGAGAUGGAACAUGUCGUAGAAGAUGAUGAUGAGUUUUUUGAAGCUGAGGAACCAUCAGCUGUGGAAGAACAUAAUUUCCAGUCUCCUGACACAGAAGACAAUUACUUUAACCAAAGGAAAGAUCAUCUCCCAGAGGGCCUUUCACAAAAAGGCUCAAGAGAGGGGCAAAAUUUAGAGCAUACAAGAAAUGACCACCAGCAGUCUGUGCAUUUCCCCAGCCCUGCUGACAGCUCAGCAGCCACGAAUGACACUGUAACAGACUUCAGUGAGUCUGUGAAGCGGCUCACAAUAAUGAGAGGUUUUCUUGAUGAAAAGCGUCUAAUGCGCCUACGGAAGUACCUUGGGCUUCAGCACGUGGUUAGGAUAGAAGCUAUGUUUCACGACAUGAAGGUAGAGAUGGAGCUUGCUCGGAAGGCAAGCCAUGACAACGAAGAUAGAGAAAAAGCUUUGGACCAGAUACUUGAGUUUUCAGAAUCGAGCAUUAUGGAUGUUGUAGGAAAAAUUCUGGAUUCCAGAGUGGCAGAAAAUAAAGAGGAGGUGGUGAAAGAGAUGGAUUUGUAUGAUGAGGAGAGUGCACUGAUGGAUGAUAUUCAAGAACUAAUAUAUUCUUUAAGGAGUAAAUAUUCAUCUGCUAGUGAGAGUGUCCCACUUGCAUCUGUUCCAGAACAGGAAGACGAUCAGCUGCACAUUCAAGAUGGUGCAAAAGAGGCUGAAUAUGACAGAUUUUCCGUCAGAAACCCAAAUGCCAUUGAUGAGAGCAAUCAGGAAUUUCAGCAACUCGAAGAUAAGAGGCCGGAACAGCCUGUUGAGAAGGAGAGGGCUGUCAACAUUCCACCUGGGCAUGAAGAAGCCAACUUCUCAGAUAAUAGGGAAGCCGAAGAAUGGUACGAUAGUGAAAGAGGAUCGCUACUGGAAGAGACUUCCUUUGGGUCAGUUGAUUCAGGACAGAGUGCCAGGGAAGAUACUGCUGCAG